CAGGAGACGAAAACCCAUAUCAAAACAAAAACGUGCGAUGAGGAUGAUAUAAAGCAACCGGUGUUUUUGCAUACCUUCCCACAGAAAAGACAUAUAGGAAAAAUCGAAGCAUGCGCAUCAAGUACACGCGACUUUUUAUCUUUUCCUUUGUUUUUCUCAAUAUGUUUGUCUUUUACUACACCUGGAAGUACUUGCUGACGACAAAAAUUGUGAAUUCAUUGACAGCAGCUUCAUAUAGUCAACCAUCGAUCUUCAACUUAACCUCACAUAACCUCAAUAGUAAUAGUAAACAACAAUUGGCGCCAAAACCGAACGAUAAGCAAGUAGCGAGUAAACACAUCAAAAGUACAAUUACAGUUGUUUUUCGGGGAUUCUUCCAUUUUGACAAUGAUUUGGCAGCAAGUAUCCAAAGCAUUUUGAACGUGAUCCCGAGUAUGAAGGUUUUUCUCAUUUACGAUGAGAUCCCGUAUCCGCCAUUAGAUGUCUUUAACAGCACAUCUCUCAAAGACAAAGUUCGUCUUUUUACGCUGGAUCAACGUUUGGAUAAGAAUUCCGUCGAAAUGAGUCCUUUGGAUUACAUCAAAACUCCAUAUACGCUCCUCAUGCCCGAUAGUGUGAGGUUAAAUGCACGUUCAACCCUGCAAAAGAUUUUGCGGGAAAUUAAUUUGAUCGAAACAAAAACUCCAAAUAACAAAAAACGAAUAUUUGUCGUACCUUUUGCUUCGAAUAACAAACAUGAGUCACUCUGUUCCGCCAUUGCGAUGGAUUUGCCAAAUUGGACUCUUGAAUUCUCCGGCAUUAAUGUCAAUAAGAAGGAUAAUAAUAAUAAUCAACAACACUGUGAUAUGUUUAUACAAAAACAUGCUUUGAUACUUGAAACGUCUUCAUUGAAGGCAAUUCCGAAUGCCAUGACAUCGCCAUUUCCUGAACUUUUCUAUAUUCGCGCCAAAAGUGAGAAUUUCACGUUGCACGUGUUAAACACAACCCUGGCUGAAGGCAAAUCACUCUUUACUGCUUAUCACACGAAGCAGGAGAAGAAAGAUGUCAAGAAACGUCAAUUCAAAGAGAUGUACAAGACGUUACAGAUCAAGAAGGUUGUCGAACGAACCUUUCAAACGAAUGCUGCUGCGUUAAAAAGUCUCAAACGUAAACAGCAACAACAACAACAGCAAAAAGGCAAGAAGAAAUCUGAUGAGCCUGAGAUUCAGUUCAACUUGACAAGUACUCUUUUGACAACUAUCACGUAUUUCGGAUGCGAAAAGAAUACCAAAAGCUGUGUUGGGCAAGUUUUCAAUAGAAGACCCUUUUAUACGUUCAUUAAUAAACAUACGCCGCCAUGUUGCAUUGAAAAACUCAAAACUGUAUUCCAUCAUGUGAUUGAAGAGAUCGAAAAUGUCGGAAUUCGAUAUUGGUUGGAUAAUGAAGCUUUGAGAGAUGCAAUCGAUUCGAAUCAUUUGUCAGCGAACGCUUAUGAGAUCGAUAUCAGUUUCAACUUUUACGAUUUGCAACGUUCACAGAUGUUGAAAAAGGCGCAAGUCAAACCGUAUCUCGAUGAUAAAGGAUUCUAUUGGAUCAAAGCAACUGAUGGAAAUUACUUCAAAGUUCAGUAUUCAAAGAUGAACCAAAUCGGAGUCAAUUUACUUCCUUACAAUAUCGACAGCAGCGAUGCGAAGAACAACAUGGCAACAGCAAACGGCUUUUUCGGAUGGAAAUCUCAUGGAUUCGAUUUGGAUUUUUUGCAUCCAAUGUCAACUGUUCUCUUCCUCGGGCGAAGUGUUGCGUCGCCCAAUAACGUUGUCGAAUACUUGGCAGCGAAAGAAAUUAAAAAGGAGCCUUAA